GGUAUAUAAACCUCACAUUUCACAUCCCAGUGCCAUUGUCCAUCAAAACAGCCCUUUGGGUGAAAAUUCAAAAUGGGAAAGAUAAUUUUUUAUGAGGACAAAAACUUCCAGGGCCAGUGCUAUGAGUGUAGCACUGACUGCUCAGAUCUGCACUCAUUCUUUACUCGAUGUAACUCUAUCCGAGUGGAGCGAGGCUGUUGGGUGCUUUAUGAGAAAGCAAAUUUCACUGGAUAUCAAUAUAUUCUGACCAGGGGAGAAUAUCCAGACUAUCAGCACUGGAAUGGAUACAGUGACAGUAUUAAAUCAUGCCGGCUCAUUCGCCAUGCCACUGGUGGUUUGUACAAAAUUCGAAUCUAUGAACGGACAGAGUUUGGUGGACAAAUGGUAGAACUGACAGGAGAUUGCCCAUCUAUCCAUGAUCGUUUCCCUUACCGUGAACUGCAAUCCUGCCAAGUGAUAGAAGGAGCUUGGGCCUUUUAUGAGCAUCCUAAUUACAGGGGCAGACAGUAUCUGCUUGAAAAAGGAGAAUACAAGCACUACAGUGAUUGGGGUGCAAACUUUCCCACUGUGGGAUCCUGCCGUCGCAUUAUGGAGUUCUAGAAGAUUCCACCUUGUGGUCUUUCUUUCCCCCUAGCUGGUAUUUUAAAUAUCCAAUAAAGUCUGAGAAGCAGCA